AUGAAGAAGCCGUCUGAGCUCACCGACUCGCCAUUUACCAUGAAGUCCUCUGUGGAUGUGCUUGAAAUCGUCACUUGCAUCCUUCUAAUCCUUGUGAGCUUUGUUGGAAACCUGUGUUUAUUUUAUUCUACAAGGAAGUGUAUGACCGGGUGUCCAGAGACAUCCUUUCUUCUGAUUUUCAGUCUUAUAUUUGUCCACCUCAUUAAGAACUUGGUGGUGAAUGUCAUGAAAAUUGUUUAUUCUUCUGGUUGCACGUUGGAUUCAGCUGGCUGCAAAGUUCUGCGCUUCACGGCAGCCCUGACGACAUCCCUGGCCAUCUGGUUCAUGUUACAUUUCGCGUUGCUCUACCACCAGAAGCUGUACCAGACUCUCCACCCCUUGAGUGAGACUCCAAACCCGGACCAUCAGAAGCGUUCCUUAAAGGUGGUUUCUGCACUUUGGGUGACAGGCGUGGCAGUAUACCUUCCAGUUUUACUCUAUACUAGAAAAUCAGAAUACCUGAAUGCAGGAAAUGAUACAGACCCCUUGUCUGCAAACAGGAUUCACACGGAUUGCUUAACUGACUUUGGAAACAAGCAAGUAGAAUUUUACUAUGAGGACGUGUUUUUGGUUCUGAUUGACAUUCUCCCUUUAGCCACCUUAGUCUUUGUCUGUUUCUGGAUGUCUUUUCUGCUUUCGGAGAGAAAGAAGAUGACAUAUGGUGACAUCUGGAUUGGAGACGAUGAUUCAGAAAUUGAAACCCUUAGAGGGGCCAAGUUUAGUAUUUUAUUAAUGUGGCUGAUCACUCCACUUUGGAUUUCUCAUUUUAUCUUAGUCUAUUUCUUGAAAGGCUUGGCAGUCUGUGUCUUUUUUCCAGCUGUGCUCACAGCCCUCUCUUCAGGCUUCUCUGCGCUCAGUCCUUUCCUGCUUAUGUUGGUGAAUUACAGAAUAAAGUUGGUGUCUUUCUGUGAUGCCAAAGAGAAAAAACCCACACCACAGCCUGCAAAUGUUAUUCUCUCUCCAUAUGCUUAA